GUAUGAAACCGGGCCAUCCCGAGAACAAGGCAGAUAUGGAAGCAAGUACGACAACAGACUGGACUCAGUAUACAGACCAGUAUCUUGCACAGUGAAGGCAAGUGAAUGUACUGAGCCAUGCUGAUGCGGGUUGCCCCUGCCUCAAUCAAGAUCGAGUUGAGAAGCUUCAAGGCAUCCCGGGCGAGUCGACCGAUGUCGUCGGAUCGCGAUAUGUAGCCGAGGGGCACGCCAACAAGAAAGUGCUCGCGAAUGGUGCGUUCUGCUUCGAGCUGGUCCUGAGGCUCAUCGCAAAUUUUGAGCAGUCCAAAGAAUAGUUCCAUAAAUAUAGGGACUUUUUGUAUAUGCUCAAGUACGAGGACGAUCAGCAUUAGCAUGAGCGUUAUGGUGGAUUCCGACUCGUCUGAUGACGCCGGUGGACUGGGGCUUUGACCAGAUGUUGGCAGCGGAUUGCCGAGCUGUGCUGUGUCUGGAGCACCAGCAUCGCUCGGGAGCUGCCUUGUGUUGGUCGCCAGCGAGCUCCGGGAUUCAGUAUGGGAAUGUGGGAAGAGCGACGGCAGAUGGCCCUUGUCUGCAGCAGGCACCCCGACCUGAGGCUCACGAUUUGCGGGUUCAAAGCAAUAAGGCGUAUUGUGAGCAGCCAGGACAAUCCGCUGGAGGGGCAAACGAACUGACUCUUGAGGCAGGAGCUUGGUGGCAUAGAACGGCGUCGAGAGGAGCUGGCAGAGAAAGCCGAGGACCUCAUUCAGCAGGCCCUCGGGAAGCUGCAGUCAUUCGCAGCGCAGCAGACAGUGUGGUAAGAACCAUGUUGCAUGCACUCUGCUGCGCCGGGCAAGAAUGUGACUUUCAUGGGAUGCCUAUCCGUCGUACGUUUGUUUCUCCAAAGUCGACCAGUGUCUCGAUCAGCCGCGUCUGCAGCAUGAAUUCGAGACAAGGCCCCAUCGUGGCGUCGUCCUCGCUGUGAUGUCGCUCGAGCGCCUCUUCUCUCCUGAGACACUCAAGCAUUGUCUCGAGCUGCUCCUUGAUUGCGAUCUCCUCGAUCGCUUGGCAGCGGACCUCCGAACUCAUGAACGCCUGGCGGAUCUUGGUCCAGCACCGCACAAAGACAUCACGGAUAUGCUGUUUCUGCGCUGCCGGAGACAGAAACUCGGCUGCUGAGCUCAAAAGAUAUGUCAGCGUCUUGUCCAUAUCGGCCGGAUGUUGAUGCAGAGGGCGGGAGGAGCGUUCGCUCAGCCGGGUUGGGCUGCCGUCUUGGCCCUGCAGGUCUCGGCGAGAACAGGCGAGAGCGAGAGCAAGUGC